AUGCAAUUCUUCACCACAGCCUUUGCAGCUCUCGUUGCAUCCUCCGCCCUCGCGGCGCCUUUACAGCUCAAGACUGAGAACGACAUCUCGAAUGAUAUCAACAAACGCAUCGCGCCCGUUGCAGCAGGUAUCUUUGGCGCUGCAGCCGGUAGCGCUACUGCAGCAGUCCUUACUGGCGCCACCAAAGGAACCGUUUCUGGAACUGUCAAGACGUUUGCCAACAAGCUCUUCGGGAACAACGAAAAGCGCGACGGUGGUGUCGACAUCGAUGGAUUGUAUCUCGUUCAACGCGAUGCACAGGAUGCAGAGGAUGGAGAGGAUGAAGCGACGUUGUAUAAUCUGCAGCAGUAG